AAAUAAGUAUAAGUUAAACACAAUAUAUGUAUCAUGAGUGAGACGAUUUUCUUGACAGCCAAAGCAAAAGCAAUUGUCCUGAUAUUCCAAGAUCUUAUUGAAUGGCUUAUAAAUAAGACCAGGAAAGAGCGACCCAAACCAGGAAAUCCGUGGCUGCGAGAUCCUUAAAGAAAACCCCUGCGCGCAAGGAUCAUUUGGGUUAACUGACGGUGACGCAGACCCUUCCUCCUGCGUUAGCCAAAUCUCCCUCGGGAUUUGCUGCCUUAAAGAGGAGAGGGAAGCGGGGGGUUCCUCUUUAUCCGCGGCCGGAAGCACUGGGCACGCUCUCUGGAGCCGGGGGUGUUCGGUUCACUCGGUCCGCCCCCAUCCCCCUUCAGAUUGCCCCGAGGCAACCCCGGGCGUUGCUCCUUCCCGUGCACGCUGCAGCGGGCCUCAGAAGAGGCAGCGGGCACCCGGAGACGAAAUGUCGGGAGAGGCAGUCCAGAGCCUGGGAAAAGGCAGCGUUCAGCCUGGCCCCGUCCCGCUGGGAGUCGUCCGGUUGUACAGCAUGAGAUUCUGCCCCUUUGCGCAGAGAACCCGGCUCAUCCUGAAGGCCAAAGGCAUCAAGCAUGAGGUCAUCAAUAUUAAUUUGAAAAAUAAGCCUGAAUGGUACUUUAAGAAACAUCCCUUUGGUUUGGUACCAGUUCUGGAGACCAGUAAGGGUCAGCUGAUAUAUGAAUCUUCCAUCACUUGUGAAUAUGUAGAUGAAGUUUAUCCAGGAAAGAAGCUGUUUCCAGAAGACCCAUAUGAGAAAGCUUUACAAAAGAUGAUUUUGGAGUCGUUUUCUAAGAUACCAUCUUUGUCUAAGGAUGCUCUUAUAGCAGUACGAAAUGGGGAAGACUGUACCAAUCAGAAAGCAGAACUCCGUAAGGAAUUCAGCAAACUGGAGGAGAUCCUUUGCCGGCAGAAGACAACUUUCCUGGGUGGAAACUCUGUGUCUAUGAUUGAUUACCUCAUCUGGCCAUGGUUCGAACGGUUGGAAUCGUAUGAGAUAGCUGACUGUGUGGACCACACUCCUGCUUUAAAGCUGUGGAUCGAUGCCAUGAAGAAGGACCCCACAGUUGAAUCUCUCCUCAUUGAUUCGAAGACAUAUAAAGGCUUCUUUGAUCUCUACUUUCAGAAUAAUCCUGACGCCUUUGACUAUGGGCUGUGAGGUGGUGUUUUGGAACGCCAGCUUUAGAAUCUCCUACUUCACCAUUGGAUAUUUCCAACAUAUCCUCACAGUAGAAUAAUACUGUUUGAGCUUGUCAAAGGGCCAAUAAUCCUUAUUUUCCAAGAAGCUCUCAAUAAAGAUUUUCAAAUGUCCUAAAUGAAAGGAAA